AAAAGCUCCACACAGAAAAGUGGGUUUAAAAAUCAAGACUGAGGCAACUGGAAGCACAGAAAAAGAGAUUAUUUAACCCCACGAUGGGAUACAACAAGCUAUAUCUGCUCAUGCUACUGAGCAGUUGCACACUGGCUCAGCAAGACAAUGGCAGUAAUGAGAACCCAUCAACAUGUUUAUCUACAUCCAGAUUUAAGGUCAAUAAGAAAUACAUCUACCAGUACAUCACAGAGAGCAGCAAUGGUGUGGUUGGCACUGCCAACCUGAAGAAUGGCCCUAAAGUUACUUGUCAGGUAGAGAUUGAAGUCCCUCAGACUUGUGGAUUCAUCAUGCGCACUAUGGAAUGCACUCUCAGUGAGGUGGUGGCCAUGGAUCAUCAGGGUCAGCCAGUGUACAAACAGUCAAAUGGCUCAUGGGCCUUCCAGGCUGCCAUGGCAAGAAACCCUCUCAAGUUCUCAGUGCAGCAGACCACCAGUGUUCAGCUGUAUCCAGAGUCAACUGAGCCUGUAAACAUCCUCAAUGUAAAGAGAGGAAUCAUCUCUGCUCUAAUAGUUCCAGCCAUGGAUGAAGAGGAGGCCAGCCUCCUGAGCACAUUGCAUGGCCAGUGUUUAACUGAAAUCUUGGUCAACAAAAAGAAGGAUAUUGCAGUAGAUGUGACCCUAUCAAGAGAUCUGUCACAGUGCGACCAGUUCUACAGCCGGAAACUAGCAAACAGCCCUCUUGCGUUGGUGCAAAACCUGCACAGACCCUUGACCAAGCUGAUUACAAGCAAGCAAGAGUGCAACUACCAUUUUGAUAACAAAGGCAAGCACAUCAUAACUGCCAUGUGCAAAGAAAAACACAUCUACCUCCCCUUCUCCAAUAGGGACGAUGGAAUAUUGUCCGUGGUAACUCAGGAGCUCCGCUUUCAAAGUUGCAAAAGGAUGAACAAAAGAGUAUUUGAUGUUGACCCCAGCCACAAAAAGCCACUUUACUUCGAAGAGCCAGAAGACAAAUCCCCAUUCCAGACAAAGGAUGCUGCUCUCAGCACCCUGAGUGAUCUCCAGUCUUUGACAGGAUCUGACCAUGGUCAAAAGAGGACUAGCCUAUUCCAUAAACUGGUGUCUACCCUACGUAACCUGAGGAAUGAGACUCUGAGCCAGACAGUCUCUGAGAUGUUGCGUUUAUCAACAUGGUUUACCUGGCAGGCCUUGCUUCAGUGUGGAACCCCAGAGUGCACCAGCGCUAUCCUUCAGGCCAUCAGAACGCUUGAUGGCUUGGCACUCGAGGUUGACGCCCUGGUCUAUGUACUGAGUCUCCAAGCAAACCCUGAUGCGGCACGAGUCGGAGAUAUGCUCAGUAUGACUCAAUAUAAACAGAGCAAAAUCAUCAUGUAUGCUCUUGGCAACACAGUAAAGAAGUUCCAUCAAGGGAAGAAAACCCCUGAGGUCACGGCUGUCUCAGAGUUCAUGCGGACACUAUUAAAUGACUGCUCAGGAGAAAUGAAUGAUGAUUUCAACAACCUUCCUCCUGACCCUGAGGCGAUGUCCUUCCUUGUAUUGAGGGUUGUUGGCGUCAUGGGUCAAGCUAUGCAGACUGUCAGUCCUGACCUAAUUUCUUCCAUUAUGAAGUGUGUCAAAAGAAGUGACAUUUCAUUAUCCAACAAAAAAGCAGCUAUUCAGGCUUUUAGGCAAAUGGACAUUAAUGAUGAGAUAAAACACUUCCUCAAGGAGGUAUAUCAGGAUCCUCUGGGUGAUGUUGAGAUACGUAUUGCAGCCUACCUGAUCCUGAUGAAGAACCCAGACCAAGCUAUUGUGACAGACAUAGUGAACAAUAUAGAGGCCAUGAAGGAUGAUCAACUCAAGAACUUUGUGUUUUCCCACCUAAAAAAUAUCCAAAAGUCUAAUGAGCCACAAAUGCAUUGGUACAGGGAAUAUAUUGAACUCGCCUUGCAAGAUCGACUGUUAACCACUAAUGAGGUAAUUGAUGGCAAAUCACGCAACUACAAGAUUGAAUCUCCUGUGGGUGCAGUAUGGGGAAACAUCAUCUUUGAUGCCACAGAUACUUUACCCAAGGAAGUUAUGUUGGAGACCACUCUAAAAGUUUUUAACUACAACUAUGACAUCUUUGAGUUUUCUGUUGAGGGAAGAGGAUUAGAACCAACAGUUGAGGCUCUUUUUGGAGAGAACGGCUUCUUCCCGGACUCCAUUUCCAGAGUCAUGUAUUGGGCAGGUGAUCAAGCCCAGAUGAUCAAAGAGGUUUUGCACAGAAUGGCACCAAAGACAGACAGAAUUAAGAAACAGGCUUCACAGGCACUUCUGAAUGACAUUGCAAAGACCAUACGGAAGCUCAUGAAGGAUGUACGUUCUUCACCGACCCCUGAAGCCACUGUCUAUCUUAAGCUUUUGGGAAAUGAGAUGUAUGUGAAGACCAGCGAAAUAAGAAAGAUGGCAGAAAAUCUGUUCAUGUACUUCAGUGUGUUCUUCCAAGUUCUACCCCCUCAGAUAUUUUUUGAAUUCACCUCAAGGACUGAUAAUGAAUUCUUCAUUCAUUACAUCUUCAUGGAGAAUUCCUUCUCAUUAUCCACUGCCCUUGGCUUCCCUCUAAAGUUUUCACUGGCUGGAGUGUUUGCCCCUGGUGCCAAAGGAGGCAUGACCGUCUACUCAAACACAGGUCACCUGGCAUUUAUGCCUUCUAUUGGGUUAGAGUUCAUCACCCAAAUGGGUGUUCAUGCUCCUGAUUAUGUGGAGGCUGGGAUUGAGAUGCACACAAACAUGUACCACGAGCACUCCCUCAAUACAAAAGUUACCAUCAACAAAAGACAAAUUAGACUGUCCAUCCCUGCACCAAAAUCAAAUACACAGCUGUUUACUUUUAGCAACAAGUUGGUGUCAGUCUCCUCUGGUCAAGCAAUGACAAUACCAUUCCUUGUGGUGGACCGGACUAACUCGACCGACUGCCACCCCCUAUUCAGUGGUCUCAAAAUCUGCACUUUAGUUCAUUACUCAAAUGCAUCCUCCAGAGACCAGGCCCCAUAUUUUCCUCUGACUAGUGAAACAAUGGCUGCAGUUCUAAUCCAACCCACAGAGGAAGUUACGGAGUACACUGCCACCAUAAAGCGGGAAACCCUGAAAGAAGGAAAAAACGAUCGCUAUGAAAUUGAUUCUCUGAGGUUAACCCUAAAGGCAGAAGGUGAUGAUUCAACAGAAGCCACUGCAUCUCUAAAAUACAAUUGCAAUAAGAACAUUCUUACCACCGAAGUUGUCAUUCCCAAGUACGAUGUGGAACUUGGCAUCAGGAUGGCUGGAGUUGAUAGUGAUGCAAAUCAAAACAACAUGCGAGGCAUCACCCUUGAGGUCACCAGCAAGAACAUUCCACAACUGACGCUGGUGGGGCGUACGAGAAUUGAAUUGAUGAAAAAUGCAAUGCUGCAACUCCAGAUGGUCAUUCCAGCCCUCAAAACAAAUGCUUUGUUCACUGCAACCCUGAAGAAGCAUGAGGACAUCAUGAUGAUCAUAGAGACCAUGAUCAAGCUUCCUGAGACAUCCUACCAACAGACAGCUUCCCUUAAAUAUGAUAAAGAGAGAUUUGAGGUGCAAUUGAAAUCCGACUUGAAUUCAGAGAUUUGCCAAAUUUUGCCAAACAUGGAAUAUCAUCACAGAAGGUUGGAAAAACUCAUUGAUAAUAUCCUGGACCAGAAGGUUGCAAAAACGGACAUGAAACUGCGCCAUAUUGUCACCAAAGGAAUUGAGGCAGGUAAUAUUUGGCUGGACAAGUUGACAGUAAGCAUUCCUAUUCUUAAAAUCAUGCAAAAUAGGAGGCUCUCAGAACUCAUCGUGCCCUCUUUACCUGACAGAAUAUUCCUGCAGUUUGACAACUUGUUCCGAUACAAGUUCAACAAGGACAAAAUGGAAUUCUCGCUUCCUCUUCCACUGGGAGGCAAAAAGUUAGAGGAACUGAAUUUUCACAACUCCUUGUCAGUUCCUACUUUGGAUUUACCAGCAAUAAGUUUACAAGUCCCAGCCAAAAUCUAUAGACUACCAUCAUUCAUUGUACCUCCUGCUGUGGAUUUCACUGUGCCCCUUCUUGGUCUGGCGGAGGCAUUUAUCAAGAUCGACAGCAACUUGUACAGUUUGCAAGGCUCCAUUUCUGGCGGCAACUACACUGUUGAUAGCCCCAGAUACACUGUGCAAUACAAGGCUAUAACCAAGUCACCUUUCGACCUACUGAUAUACAAUCUUGAAGGAACUGCCAUGAUGUCAGGAAGACCUGAUGAUCAUCUUGAGUGUCUGGUGAAUCAUUCCUUUAACCACAGUCUCAUUCAAACAAGCUUAAGUGUCUCAGAAACUUUGGAUGUGACCAACAAACGACAUGCAAAGGCCAAUUACAAGAUUGAAGCAUCUGGUCCACUUGGCUUCCACGCCUCUUUCUACUAUGUUGCCCAGUCAACUUCCACAAUAGACUCAGAUGAAGUCACAGGAGAUGGCACCUGGGAUGGAACACUUAAAAUUGGUUCUUUCUUUACCAAUACCUCCUAUAGAAAUAGUUACAACCUGUACCCACAAGAAAGAAAAGGAAGAGGAGAGUCCAUCUUACGCUUUGACUCACCAUUUGUGCAAAUUCACAACACAAUCCACGGAGUCUACGCUAACUUUGAAUUGAAUGUUGUUUCCAAAACAAAUGUCCAGAAAGACAUCUUCAAUCAUGUGUCAGAACUCAACUAUAAGGACUCACAACUAACCCUGAAGUGUACUGGUGUUGCCAAAAUUGGGGGAAAAUUGCUGAGAAACAAAGUUGAGUUUGGUGUGUCCUACCUUAUGGUUAUCAUCAACGCUGAAUUAAUGGCAGAUGACGAAACCAAUCAAGCAUAUUACCUUAUAACAGGCACAUUGAACUCAAGAGGGCUUAAAGUAAACUCAGAUGGAUCUCUCACCUUUGACGAAGGUCGAGGAUUCCACAAAGCAUCCAUUGUUGUUGACAGAAAUGGUUUGACCACAGGUGGAACUAAUAGGAUUCAAUACAUACCUGUGACAUUUGAAAAUAUAUUCAGUGGAUCCAUAGACAGCAACGGAGCAUCAUUGUCCUCCAUGACUAAAGCAAUGGCUAAGGAAGGUUAUGUCGAGCUGAACAUUGAGGGUAAAAUUACUGCAAAGGAAAGCUCUUUCUAUGGUGUCUUCAAUGGUAAUGUGUUCAAUGCACACACAAGAAAUAAUGUAAAUUAUGUACUGAAUAGAAGAGCUUUCACCUUCAUCAGUACCAGCAUGGUAAAAAUGGGGCAAAUGAAAACAGAAAAUAGCCACACACUGGCCCUCACGCUAUGGACCGUAGCCCUUCACUCUAAGACUGGCUACUUCCUCUGUGAAGAUACUUACUAUAAGCAAGAUACCAAGAUUGAUAUGAAGCCAUUUGUCAUGACAUUUGAUGCAAAAACUGAAGUGAAAUUGUUUGAUCUUAGUUUGAACAAAGUGAGCCACAUAAAGCUUGAGCCAGUUAAGGUGUACCUGAGUGGAUCCACAGAUGGAGCUUACAGAGAAGAAGACAGUAUUAAACACACCUAUGAGAUAAACUACCAAGCCAUGUCAGGUAAAAUAAAAUCUAACACUUCUGGAAACCUAUUGGGUAUCAAUUUGUGCCAAACAUGUGAACUGGAGUUUGCUGGACUUUCCUCCGCAUCAUUUUGUCAGUCAGAAAUAAAUUCUAAGCCACUCCAUUUUGACAGCAUCAUACGCACCCAAGCACUGCCCUUCAGCCUCUCAGUCGAUGCUCUUUUCAACAGUGAUGGAGAAAUUAUUCUAUAUGGAAUGCAUUCUGGGCAACUGUACAGUCAGCUGCAAUUUAAAGCUGAGCCCUUAGUUCUUGUAUGUUCGCAUGACAGCAGAGUGUUAACCAUGCAUGCACUUUCAAAUUGGAAGAUGUCCACUCAACUAGAUCACAAAUUUGAUGGUUUCCUAAUGCCAAAUGAUCAAGCUCUAACGUGGAAAAUCAAAUCUAAAUUACACAGUCAUUCUUAUGACCAGAAUAUCAGUGGCUAUAACAACCCACAGAAAGCUGGAUUUGAGUUUUCGGGAGUAAUGCUCACAGAUGCUUUCCACGGAUUGAACAUGAAUAUUGGAUCAAUAGAAGAAAUGCAAGAAUUCAGUAUAGGUGGUUUCCUCAAAUAUGACAAGAGCAGCAGUAAUAUCAUUGCAAUUCCAUUUCCUUUUCUUGCUGCUUUUGAAGAACUGAAGAAUACAUGUAUAAAUGCUUUGGAAACACUCCAACGGUACAUCAACAACCUGGAUAUUAAUCAGAUGAUAUCUGACUUCAGAGUCAAGCUAGAUCAGUUACCAUCACAAGUCAAUGACUUCAUAAAAGAAAUGGAUUUGGAAAACAAAGUGAAUCAAAUCAAAGAAAAAGUCGAUUACUUUAUAAAUGGGUUUGAUGUAACAAUGGAUGAUCUGGAGGUCAUGAUGAGCAACUUGAAAAAGGAUUGUGAAAAUAAAGUGUUAGAGAUCGCUACCAAAAUUAGAAACCUGAUACUUUCAGUCAAUGACUACCUUAAGUCAAGACAAAUUUCUGAAAAAUUAAUACAUGUGCUUGCUGUAGCUGAAAAUAAACUGCAUGUAUUUAAUGAGAAGUACAAUAUUAAGGUAUUACUACUUGAAGCUCUGCAAGCCAUAGAGAACAUUGUUGAAAAUGUUGAUUUAGUGAAAUUCACAGACAGCAGCAUUGAUUGGCUGCAGGAAUUAGAUUCAAACUAUGGAGUACGAGAGAAAAUCAAAAAAAUCCUGGCAGACAUGAAAGAUAAAAUUGAGAGUUUUGAUGUUAAGAUAUUAUUUCAACAAAUGAACAUGUUUCUUCUUUCAACCAAUAUGGGCAUUGAGAAGCUUUUGUAUGAAAUUCCUUACACAGACAUUGCAAAUGUGAUGGAAUCUAUAAAUGAUGUUUUAGUCAACUGGAUUGACGAAUAUGAAAUCCCCAACAAACUCAAUGCAAUAUAUUCCUAUAUCAGGGAUCACAUUUUAAAAUAUGACCUUGAUGAUAUAUUUAAAGAAAUAAUUGAUCAGGCUGCAAUUCUCAUCAAGAAAAUAAAAAUUGAGGAGACUGUGCAUUCAAUAGUCAAUGCUGUGAACGUUCUCAAUUUUGAAUUAAUUCAUGACCAAAUGCUACAAUUUAUCUACAGUGUGAAAAAAUACCUUAGGCUAAUUGAUUUAAAUAAAAGAAUUGAAGAACUUAAUAAAGAUAUUUCAUCAGCUAUUCAGUCACUGAAUGAUUUUGACUAUAAUUCAUUUGUUAAUAAGGCCAACAAGAAAAUAGCAGAAGUAACAAAUUGCAUAAAUGAGAGGAUAAAAAAAUAUGAGAUAGUGUUCAAAUUUGAAGCUGUUAGAGAAUUUAUCAGAAAAAUUCAAAGUAUAAUUUUCCAUUAUAUUGAAAAACUAAAAAAUACAAGAGUGGCUGACUCUCUGAAGAAACUGAAAGAUGUGAUUGACAGUACAUUUUACAUCGACAUCAAAAUGAAAGUUCAGGAUAUCAUUGAAGACAUCAGGCAGAGAAUUUUUGAAAUGGAUAUCAGAGAGGAAAUGUACUUUUACCUCCAAAGAGCAAGUGAAUCCUACAGCAAUAUUUCGGCCAAAGUCAACCGACUGAUCGUGGAGAUCAGCAAAUUGGUGAACGACAGUGAGAUCCUCUGUCAGAUAAAGCAAACCAUCGAUGAUGGUUUGAAUGAACUAAAUAAUACUGAGAUACAAGUUUACAGUUUCACAGUGCUUUUUACAGACCUUGUCAUUCCUAGAUUUACAAUCAACAUGAACAAAUUGCAUGAAAUCACCAUUCCAGCAGAAAUCUCAGUCCCAGAGUUUAACAUUAUUGGCUCAGUUACAGUUCCCGCAUUUACAAUAUCUUUUGAUGAGCUCAAAGCCAAAAUCCUUGCAAUGAUAGAUUACAUCAAAGGAUUUGAAAUGCCUGCCAUUGAUCUUGACGGGAUAUUUGGUGACCUGAAAGUUCUUUACAUAUUUUCCCUACCAGAUGUCACCUUCCCUGAAAUAACACUUUCAGAAAUCAAAGUUCCCACCAUCAACAUGCCCAAAUUACAUAUAAAGGACUUUGAUGUCAUGCCAGGAAUCAAACGGCCUGAUAUUGCUCAUGAGAAUUGUGUCCAGGUUUUUGGAAAAUUCCAAGGUGAAUUUAAGGUGAACUUCCCUGUGUACACUCUGGGUACUACAGGAAUGAUUGAACAUUCAACAUCUAGUCCACAAAGCCCAAAAUUUAAAGCCACUAUUCAUUCACAUGCCAAAUCAACCAUCCAGAUCAUGGAAUAUACCUUUGAUGCAAUGGCUCAGUUAGAGGCACCUGGAUUAAAGGAAUUGAAAUUUACAGAAAUUAUAAAAGUUUCACAUUCGGCUUUUUCCAUUGAACAUGAUGCAUCCUUGGUAAUCAUGGGUUCUUUGGCUGAGGUCUCUGCGCAGACUGUAUCUAAGGCAACUACUUCAAUGUACACAGCAGACUUGGUCAACAGUAUGACACUCUCACUGAGGAUUGGCAUUUCUGUAACUACAACCACAUCUUACAACCACAACUUCAAUAUAACAUCAAUGGAAAUUUCAAGUCAGACAUCAGUGAAACACUACAUGGCAUCUACAGUGGACAGAGGAAUUACUUGGAGUAGUAAAACAACUGCUUAUGGAAAGUGGUCCUGGGAAAACUACUCUGAUGAAGGUACACAUGAAAGCACUUUAGAAUUUAAUACAAAUUUUAACACUACCAAGUUAACUUUUCUCGGAGACAUAGAUUGUACCGCAUUAAAAGUGAAGCCAAUUCUGAAACUGGAAUCACUGACCUUUAGCCAUAUUGUUGUGGAUGCUCGAUGUGAAUUGGAGGCUUCAUUUAUGAAGAGUGUCAUUGGUGCCAAUGGAGAGGCCAAUAUCUGGGACCUGAAAGUUGCAUUGACAGCGUAUCAUGAUUCACAACUCAGUGGAUGUGUUACUGGUUCCAUUUACAACACUAUGGAAUUCAUGUCCCAUUCUUUUGAAACUGUGUAUGAUGUGAAGAAUAAAGUAACUAUAAACAUGGUUUUCCCCUUGAAACUUACUGGUAAGGUGGAUCUCCAGUAUGACUAUGGUACUAAAUUAAACUCUGAGAAGCAACAGAUUUACUGGACUGGUUUAGCCAGAUUCAACCAAUACAAGUACAACUACAGCAUUGGAGCAGAACACAAUUACAAUAACGUUACCUUCAAUUUACAAGCUUAUGGCGAAGCCAAUGUGGACUUUUUGACUGUUCCUUUCUCAGUCCCAUUGAUGAAUGUACCUUUCCUGGGAAUCACAACUCCUGAAGUUAAAAACCUUUCCUUAUGGGAACAUGCUGGAUUAAAAACCUUGCUUACGACUCCUCAACAGUCAUUUGAUGCACACCUGAAGUUUACUUACAAGAACACAGCUGCACAUAGUUUUGACUUGCACUUAGAACCAAUCUACGGUGCCAUCAGUGACAGUGCUGACAGAAUAAGGGCUAAAUUUGAAUUUGAACAUAAUACAAACAAAUUAGUUGAACUCCUGAAGGGGUAAUCCAACCAGGCCAAAUCACAGUAUAUAAAAUACAAACUUGAAACAUCGUCUUUCACCAAGAAUCUUCAGUGUCCCUGGAAACAAUACCUGUACUAAUAUAGUUUUCAGCCUUCUGAACUGAAAUGUCUGCCUUUAAAUACUUUGUUCUCACUACACAAAGUACCAUCUUUGGGAUAUUCUGUUCUGUCCUAUACUCUUGUGCUACCAUUCCUAGAGGCACCUGCCAUUCAUGUCCCAGAAUGAAUUUGAGUCAAAUAAAGCUUUCAAUUCACGCUGUAAGUCUCCUUCGGAUCAGCAUUGAUGUUCCAUGGCUCGGAAACAUAACAUGACCUCUCCUAUAAAAUCCAGCGUAAUGACCUUAAGGGCAAAUGCUGGACUUUAAAACCUGUCUGACAUAAUUGCUCAAUUUGCGGCAUCUGAGACAUCUGUGUUAAAUAUUUUCAAUUGUGGGAAGUAACAAAGUACAAAUACUUUGUUACUGAACUUCAGUAGAUUUUUCAAGUCAGAGAGAGCAACCACUGUUGAGCUCUUAACAAUAACAAAUUCAGGUGUCUGCUCAACCUUCUGCUCUCCCUCAGCCACACAAACAGGGUGGAUCUCAUGUCUGUUGAGUGCAACAUUCCCUAGCUCCUACAUCCUAGAUGCUUCGACUGUGACCCCAAAGUUGUUCUCACACUGUCAUGUUAAGGUGCAUCUCAAUUGUCUUAAAUGUGCAUCAAGAAACGAGGAUGAACAUCGAGGAGCCUCCAUUGAGGAGCUAUAACUGAGGAAUCUCUUAUGUCUUGUAGAUCCAGCUGGAUCGUAAACAAAGCAGGCCUCAAAAUUAAAUAGGUACUCUUUUGUGUUUGUCAUGCCUUGAUUGUUGUUUUACUGAGACUCUUUUAUUUUGGGCAGUAUUUAAGACUGAAAUUAUUCAAUUACACUAGCUUAUGGUUAGUAAUCAAUGAAAGUCUGUAAUAAUUAGGAAGUAAUUUUGUCCAAUGCAUUUGAUCACUUUAAAAGAAAUAAAAAACGUUUUGAUGGUUCUACAUUGUUUUUGCAUUCCAUGUAAUACAUAAGCAACAUAUGAACGCUGUAUAUAUAUCUAAGUCACUAUAAAUAUGUGCUGCAAAAGGGGUAGCCCACUCAUGAUCCAUGAUGGGAUCUCUGGUGGCAGGAGUUAACAUGUUAGCAGAGGAGCGACGCUCAAGGUCCGACAAGGCUGCAAAUUAAAAAAAAAUGAGACGUGCCAGCCACCUUGGCACAAGGAAGGACUCGCCUAUACACAUUACCCUGCUUACAAUUUUUAUUUCGCUGAACAAUCUGAUCUGCGAUUGUCUGACGACCAGUCCAGGUUGUAGCCCGCCUCUCGUGCAGUCAGCUGGGAUAUGCUCCAGCACGCCCGCGACCCUAGUAAGGAUAAGCAGUACGGAAAAUGGAUGGAUGGAUGAACAAUUUGAUAUUGCAUGGUUGCCGAAUGGUUAGCAUGACAUGGAUUUGUGGGUUCAUAUCUGGGCUCCAGCCUUUCUGUGUGGAGUUUGCAUGUUUUCCUCAUGCUUGCGUAGGCUUCCCCCACAUUCCAAAAACAGGAAAUGUAAUUGAAGAAUAAAUUGUCCUUAUGUGUAAAUAUCGGUAUGAAUUAGGGAUGUACCAAUAUUCAAGAUACUGUGAUAUCACGAAAUUAAUAGUGCCUCGAUAUCGUUGUGGUCUUGUCUCGAUAUAAAAUAAUGAGCCGUUGUGUUUGAAAUUUAGUUUUGGGCCGGCUGCUACAGCUACACUACUGCGCUCCACUCCCUCAUUAAGACUAUAAACGCACCCAAUUGGACGCGUAACCCAUGCCAUCAUAUGGGUACGUCACAAAAAAUACAUUGAUUGGCUGACUGGCACACGUGACCAAAAGGCUGCAAUGGGAGGGAUGCAGAAACAUCUCGAUGCCCUGAGUCCCUCCCCGUAGCAGCUAUGCAUCGCAAUCGAUUGCGCAAGAGGCGCCUUGUUGUUCACGCCUGCCUCUGUCCCAGCAAACGCUGACCCACGGGCCGGCAUUGACUGCUAAUGGACCUCCACUUCUUGAAGCUGCAUCCACUACUGCCCCCCUUCGAAGAGAUACACUGAGGAACAAUUUUUAAAAUAAAUUAUUUUUAGUUAGAUUUGUAUACGUAAAACUAAAUUUGGCAUUCUGAUUCCCAAAUUGCAGUCAUUUUUUUUCUAGCACGUCACGUGGUACGAUCCUCCAUAGUGAGCAGAUGCAUAAAACCCGCAAAUGAGGCAAGGGGCCUACCAGGUCCACAUGCACGUGGUCAAACCUCCUUUCUGGAAUUGGAAAAGGUUUGAGGAUGGCUUUGGUGUACCGGUGGACUUUGGCGCGCUGACACGCCAUGCACGUAGCCACCCACCCCUAAUGUCCUUCCGUAGUCCCAAGAGGGUAGCAUUUGCGAGGGUGGACUUAGCCUGCUGAAAACCCUGGACCCUCUGAGGAGUCCACGGAGAGGGUCAUUAGCUUUCUUGCCACGCGAAGUACCAUAAACAUGCUGCCGAAAGUGGGCCGCAUGAUGAAGGAACCGAUUAUAAAAAUUAACUAUGCCCAAGAACUCCUGUAGUGCUCUAACUGAGAUAUGACGGGGGAAAUCUGCACUAUGCAAGGCAAAGGAAUCACGCCCUGUGACGAAAUACAGUGACCUAAGAAAUCAAUCAACGACAAACCAAACUAACAUUUUGCUGGGUUGACAAUCAGGCCGUGGGCAUCAGGACGUCUGAAAACUUGCGUUAAGUCCGACAGAUGUUCCCCAGGGAAAGAACUUGCCACUAGAAUGUCGUCUAAAUAAACAAACACAAAAACAAGGUCACGCAACACAGAGUACAUUAGCCCAUGCAAAGUCUGAGCCGCCCUCUCCAGGCCAAAAGGCAUGCAAAGAAAUUCAAACAGCCCGACUGGGGUUAUCACCGCGGUUUUGGGCACACGACCCGGUGAUAACCGUGGACCAGGUCCACUUUUGGUAAAAUGGCAGCACCUGCCAAAUGUGCGGAAAAAUCCUGGAUGUGGGUAAUGAGGUAGCGGUCAUUCGCAGUAAUAUUGUUCCACCUACGAAAGGCACUACAAGGCCGCGAAGAACCGUCUGCCUUUGGGACCAUGGUGCAAAGGUGAGGCCCACUGGCUUUUAGAAUGCCUCACAAUGCCCAAGCGCUCCAUAGUAGCAAACUCCUCCUUAGCAAUGUUCAAUUUGGCUGUCUCGAGGCAAAAACUGGUGGGGCUACUGUGGGAAUGAAAUGCUCCCCCCCUUGCUUUGUACCGGCGGUGGAAAAAAGUCGUGAGAAAAACGUCACCCGAUGAUAAAUAAUUAGCGUGUGUUAACGGUCCAAGGCCCCCCAGCUCCAAAAGUAGCGAAAAACAGCAUCAAUCAAAUGGCUAUUAACAACAUCAACAAGUAGUCCAUUAGCACACAGAAAAUCUGCCCCGGUAAUGGGGACAGUGAUGGAGGCGACAAUAAAGUCCCACUGGAAGUUACGUCCAUGGAAGCACACAGUCACCAACUUGGAGCUGAAUUCUUUGAUGUGUGAGCCGUUAGCUGUGUUCAGCCUGUCUAUUCGCCCUCUCUGAGUCACAGAAACUGUAACUUCCUGAGCAGAAGUUGCUUGAGUGCAUCGUAUUUUCCGUUACUUGGAGGUGCGCGCAGCAGCUGCAUAGUGCAACGCGUUGUGUGUUGGUCGAGGGCCGCAACGACCAUGUAAUACUUUGAAUCAUCUGCAGUGAUUCCUCUUAGGUGUUACAACGCUUCGACAUGCUAAAAGAAGGAAACCAGAAUCGCUUUGCCAAAACUCCGGCAGAUUCACCGGGGUGGCGAUGACAGGCAAGGUUGCGAGAGUAGGGGUGACAUAAAGGCCAAGGAAGUCACAUCUUCGUCCACUGCUAUCAUGUCGGGGUCACCAAUGUGGCAGGAUAAAAGGAUGCACGUACUUGAAUCAAGAUGUUUUCAUUCUUUCACAAACAACAAACAAACAAAUAUAAACAAACAAUCCUUCACACUCACAUUCACACCUACACGCAAUUUAGUCUUCAAUCGCCCUAUCGUGCAUGUUUUUGGAAUGUGGGAGAAAAACCGCAUUACCCAGAGAAAACCCACGUAGGCACAGGGAGAACAUGCAAACUCCACACAGGCGAUGCCGGAUUUGAACCCUGGUCCUCAGAACUGUGAGGUGGAUCUGCUAACCAGUCGUCACCAUGCCGCCAAACAAUGAUUUGCAAAUCCUUUUUAACCUUUAUUCAAUUGAAUACAAAGACAAGAUAUUUAAUGUUCAAACUGAUAUACUUUGUCGCCCCCCCCUCCCCCCAAAUAUUCAUUCAUUUUGAAUUGGAUGCCUGCAUUCCAGAGAAGUUGGGACAGGGGCUCUGUUACAUCGCCUUUCUUUUAACAACAAUCAAUAGGCAUUUUGGAACUGAGGACACUAAUUGUUGAAGCCUUUUAGGUGGAACUCUUUCUCAUUUUGCUUGAUGUACAACUUCAGUUACUCAUCAGUCCAGGGUCGCCUUUGUCGUGUUUUUGCGCUUCAUAAUGCGGUACACAUUUUAAUGGGAGACGUCUGAACAUCUGGCAGGCCAGUCUAGUACUCAUACUCUUUUACUACGAAGCCAUGCUGUUGUAACACAUGCAGAAUGUGGCUUGGCAUUGUCUUGCUGAAAUAAGCAGGGAUGUCUCUGAAAAAAACGUUGCUCGGAUGGCAGCAUAUGUUGCUCCAAAACCUAUAUGUAUCGUUCUGCAUUAAUGGUGCCAUCACAGAUGUGCAGGUUACCCAUGCCAUGGGCACUACCACAACCAAUACCAUCACAGAUGCUGGCUUUUGAAUUUUCAAUAAAAAUCGGGAUUCUGGCCCGCAAGACACGGCGUCCUUAAUCACUAAAUAGUCUCUCUCAAAGGGCUUCACAGACCCACAGUUGGCAAUGAUUUACGACAUCCCCCUUUCUAAACCUCCCAAUCGGGCAAGGAAAAACUCAAAACUCCAGAAAAAAGAAACCUUGAGAAGGGACGACGGAUGGGGGUCAUCCCCCUUCCAGGAUGACCAAACUGCAAUGGAUGUCGAUUGUCAACAUUUAUCGCAUAGUCUGGUUCUGUACAAUGUUCAUUAUGAUGGCAAGAUGCUGUACAAUAUUCAUUAAGGUAGCAUAAAAGUCAAUUUAAGGUAAAAAGGCACCACAAGUAGACACCUUCGGGAAAGUGGUUCUGCCUCAGCACCUGGCCAGGUCGGUUGGAGCAGAAGCCACAAUGGCUACGACUCGGGGAAAUGGUCCACCUGAGAGCUUGUCCAAGUUGGUCGGUGCAGAAUCCAAACAGCAACAGCCUCAGAUUCGGUCAACGUCACCUCACCCUCCCUCCGAGCAGGAGACGAGGGGGGAGGAGAUAGGACAAGCGGCAGUAAAAUAGGCCUACAUGUACGUAAACUUUUCAACUGUGGAAUGUUCCAAACAGGUGUUUUUAGUAUUCCUCAACUUUGCCAGUCUUGUGUUGCUCUUGUCCUUUUUUGAUUGUGUUGCAGGCAUCAAUUUAAAAAUAAGAGAAUACUUGCUCUGUUCAUCAGUUUGAACAUUAAAUAUGUUGGCUUUGUAGUGUAUUCAAUUGAAUAUAGGUUGAAAAGGAUUGGCAAAACAUUGCAUUGUGUUUUUAUUUAUGUUGUCCACAAUGUCCCAAGUUCAUUGGGAUUGGGGUUCACUCCAAGUUGAUCCCAAGUGAGUGGGACCAGUAUAUUCUUGGUUUAGUAAACUAUGCCAUGGCUAUGUACUGCUAGUGGAAGUCCCACAAACGUAGGAAAGCCAAACGCCGUCUUGUAUGAGUCCACAGCACUAACCAGAGACUCACGCACCACGGUGAAUUUCACUGCCUCGUCCAGGAGCUGCAUCUGGAUGAGGCCGGCUGACCUGUGCCAAGUUCGAUGACCUGUUGGCUCGGAUUGGUGACAGGAUUUCCUGGAUGGGUACCAACUGCAGGCGUUCCAUUCCAGCUACGUAACGCCUGUGCACUUGUCUCGGGUAAGUGACAGUUUCAUAUUGGUAAACGGUGUGUCAAAAGAAGUAAACAUUCACUGCUUCUAAGAGUCACUCCGCGGCAGUUUCCAGCACUAAUCAUCAAUGGAUUUUGAUGUGAAGUAAUAGCAAUAAAUAUUGUUAAAAUAACUACAUAAUGCUGGCAAGAAACACUAGCUUUGUAAAAUACUUCAAUUCAGCACUGAGUGGGGGACGUGCAGGAAGAGUCGCGGCCCAGCUGCUGCUGCUGGAUCGAGGAAGAGCCCCAAUGCUGGGUGAGCCCGUUUCUCUGCGUAGCUCACAGCAGCCGGGCCACAGCUUUCCACUGUGUGAAACUGAAGUAUAUUAUCGUGGCAUAUGUUUGAAGUGUCCAUGCUUAAUGUGUCCUGAAAUUUAUAUAAAUUAAUUAGCUAGUCAGCUGCCGUCUUCAUCAAUGCAUGAGGUGAGGUUUAUCUCCAAUUCUCCAAUUUUCUGAGCUAGAUAUGUCGUUAAAAUUCUUUGUGAUGUGUCCUGGAGUCCCCUUUUUGGAGCUUUGGGGGCGCUUGUUGCCUCACCCCUCUCUCUCUCUCUCUCAGUCUCUGUCUCUCUCUCGCUCUCUCUCUCUCUCUCCCUCUUUCUCUCACUCAUCACUGCCUGCAUAUAAGCCUGCCAGAUCCAGGAAUUCAUCGCCAGAGUAUUAACACUCUAUUGUGGUACACAGGCCGACUCUCACAUCCUUGUAAGCAAGUUCUUAUCCGACGACCCCAACUGUAUUCAUCCUGUUGUGUUUUCUCCCAAUUCCAGUGCUCCUUCCGUGCCUCCCGUGCUGCCCACUCCAACCACGGCGUCAAGCUCUUCCACUUCCUUACGUUCCUGCUUCCUGCACCGUCCUUGGUCCAACGAACAAUGACUCCGUCUUGGAUAUCCAAACUCUUGCCGCUUCCAAAUAAAACAUUCUCAUCUA